GGCUCUCAAAUCGAGAUGAUCGUAUCUUUACACCGACCCCGUGUGGCGUCCGCCCCCGUCGGGGGAAGAUUUGCUUCCGCGCGUUUCGGGGAAGCGCACAAGGUCGUCGAAGGAUAUACUACUACUACUUACUCUACAUCAAAAGACCUCGAGAUGUGACUUCCUUACUCUGUACGUACAUGUCUUUAUCUCCAAAAACAUCGUCAUUCCAGCUUUGGUAUCACAAGACCCUACUCAACCGGAAAAAUGGGAAUCAUCACCAACCCUAUCCUCCCCGGUUUCAACCCGGACCCCAGUAUCACUUACGUGCCCAACGUCGGCUACAUUAUCUGCACGUCUUCCUUUGAAUUUUGGCCUGCCCUGCCCAUCUACCAUUCGAACGAUCUCGUAUCCUGGAAGCUCGUGGGACACGCGCUGAGCCGGCGCGACCAAGGUAUCGACCUGCGAAACUCUGAAAACAGUUCAGGUUUAUGGGCUCCGACGAUUCGCUAUCACAAGGGACGUGUCUAUGUGGCCUGCACAUCGAUCAACCGCUUCCAGCCUCCGUAUGCAAUGGGCGAGGUUUACAUGUCUCGUAGCUUCUACGUUUGGACUGAGAAUAUCCUUGAAGAGAAAGCUUGGAGUUCAGCAGUCUUUGUCGACGAACCUGGCAUUGACCCAGAUCUGUUUAUCGAUGACAACGACCGAGUCUACUUGACCACGAGUCGACGGAUCCGGCACGCCGACACGAAGCUCCCUUUCGACAUUGGUCUUUACAUCGCCGAGAUUGACCUGAAGACCGGUCGCUCAAUCUCGCCUAGCAUUCUGAUCCGCUGCUCCGACCCCAAGAAAGAACGCUCAGGUACCGUCGAAGGCAGCCAUAUCCACAAGCACGAUGGCAAGUAUUACCUUUUCGCAGCCGAAGGAGGUACCGAAACUGGUCAUUGCGCCACCAUCUCCCGGUCCGACCACGUGUUCGGGCCUUAUGAACAGCCUCCUCCCGAUGUGAACCCGAUCGUCCACAACGAAAGUAAACACCCGGACGUCCAGGCUGUCGGCCAUAUGGACAUCAUUCCCGUUCUUGAGAGCGACAUCUGGCUUGCAGUCUUUCUCGGCGUGCGACCGACCCGUCCGUCUGGCGACGAACGACCCGAAUGGAGCACGACGGGGCAUCUGGGCAGGGAAACCUUCGCUGCCGGGAUGGUAUGGACCGAGUCGGGCUGGCCUCAGGUCAACCAUGGAAAGUCGAUAGAGCUAAGGAGCGAGUACCAGGGAGUCCCAUCGGCUGUCCGCGAGACCACUAGUUGGCAGGAUACUUUCCAGGGCUCUGAACUGGGGCGGGAUUGGUACACGAUCCGGACCCCAUUGAGACCUUUCUGGAGCGUGGAUCCCGCAACUGGAUUAUCCAUAUAUGGCAAUGUCCACCGCCUAGAUGGUUACCAGGAAAGCCCCGCUUGUCUCUUGAUCCGCCAGAAGGACAGGCUGGUCGAUUUUACCGCCGAUAUGAGUCGAUUUGUCGAUAUCGAGCACGUAGGCCAGGAAGCCGGUGUCGCGUUGUACAUGGCCAAGUCCAGCCACGCUAGUCUGGCAAUCAGGUUGGUUCGGGACUCCAGGGGACAAUCGGUCAGGCAACUCGUUUUCAGAAAGCCUGACGGGUCUGAUGGCGAUACCAAAAAGCUGCUGCAAGGUUUCGACGCGAUCAGCGCCUCGGACGCGGUCAUGAGAGCAAAGAUCGGAGAGGUCGCCGACUUUCGUCCCUUUGAGGAAACCGUCGUCGAUCUGGGGCCUGAGAUCGCGGUUUCGGAGCAUAUCCGUUUCGUCAUCAGGGCUCGUGAUUCUGCUUAUGAGUUCGGAUACUGCAAGCCCGACCAGGACCAGUUCACGGUCGUGGGAGAAUUGCCCAUCGAAAAGCUGAACCCGCUGUUCACUGGAGCACAUCUGGGUGUGUUCGCCCAAGGGGACGACGGCAGACCGGUCAUCGGCGCGGCUGUUUUCAAGAGGGUAGGAUAUCGCGUGGUUGUCGAUUGAGUGGGACAUGUGCUUG